AUGGCGGCUAAGGGUUCGUUGAAGAUCAAAGGAAAAGGAUCAUCUUCAUCAUCGAAGUUUCAGAUGUUUAAGGAUUGGAGCGAUUGGUCAUUGAAGAAAGCGAAGAUCGUGACUCACUAUGGAUUCAUUCCUCUGAUCAUCAUCAUCGGCAUGAAUUCCGAUCCAAAACCUCAGCUUUUUCAGCUCUUAAGUCCCGUUUGA